GUAUGCAAAGGUUAAAACAGUAAAUAGAAUACGCGCCUGUCUAGCACGAUCUACAAUUUGAUGUAAUUAUAUAUAUUUUGUAUAGUUGAUUGGUAAGAGAAACAAGUAUUAAAGAAGCGUUGAGCUUAAUUCUUUUACAGAAAAGAAGAAGAAGAAAAAACUUGUUGAUUUGCAAAAAUGGGUGUAUUGGUGAAGCUGAUCGAUGCGAUUAUGUUAAUGUUCUUUAUAGUGAUAGCAGUAGGAGCUCCGUUAAUCGAUUCGCAGACGAUUCUUCCGGCGAGUCUGUUCCCGGAAGUGUUAAUCAACCUGAAGAAGUGGUACGCUCAUGAGUAUGGUGACUAUCUUUUCACAGAGAAGCCGCAUUUCUUUGUAGGUCUGGUUUGGCUGCAGCUCCUAUUUCAAUGGCCUCUUUCUCUUCUUAAUAUGUACGCUAUUUUGGCUUCCAAAUCUUGGUUCCCCACUACCUCCUUGAUCUAUGGCGUCUCCAUCUUGACCUCCACGGUUGCUAUUUUAUCAGAAAUGAUAAGGUCUGGGAAAGCAUCCGAUAAGCUCCUAAUGAUGUACUGGCCUUUCUUUGGAUUUGCAAUAUUGGCAACGCUGCGCGGUCUACUACCACAAUCCGGCAAGACUGCGUCAACCGUUGGCAAGAAACCUGCAUUGCCUAGGAAAAAGAGAGUGUGAAACCAUAGCCUAGUUUACUAACUAGUGGAGUAAAGUUUCUUGUAAUCCUUACCAUUGUUGUUUUCAGUGCUCCAUAUUGUGCUCCCUAGUUUAUUGCGGUUGAUGUAUUCCAAUUUUGAUGCUUAGUUGAUGAAGAUGAGGGAUUCUUUUUUAUGGUCAAAAUCAUUGUUUUCUCCACUUUACUAUUGCAUUGUAUGAACUCAACCACUCAAAAUAAAUAAGGAUUGGAGAUGAAUUUCUUUAAUCUGAAAUUUCUCAA